AUGUCUACAGAGGAAGCAGUGACGGAGGCGCUCCAGACGCCAGUAGACCAGAAUACGCAGGCCGCUGAGGAGGCAAAGAAGAUGCUAGCUGAGCUGGAAGGCGAAGCUGCCUUCGAAGAUAAGCCCGAGAAAACAAAUGGCGUUGCGGAGUCAAAACCUUCCGAGGAAGAAGCUCUCAAAGAGCCCGAGAGUAUUGCAACGAAGGAGACGGCAGAUGAGGGGAAUGAUGCUACCGAGAAGAAUGGUGAGCGCCGCGAUCGUGGUCGAUCAGACUACAACAGUCGGGGUCGAGGUCGAGGUCGAGGCGGUCACAACAACCACGACUCUCGAACCUAUCGCGACAACAUCAAGUCCGACCUCACGACGCUAGAGGUUACCGAUGACCCGGUUGCUAUUCGGAAACAGGUGGAAUUCUACUUCUCGGAUUCGAACCUCCCCAAAGACAAAUUCCUCUUCGAGCAGACUGGUGGCGUCGCGAACAAGCCUGUCGAUCUUAGAGAAAUCCACAAAUUCAAGCGCAUGCGCCGCUUUCAGCCCUUUGAGGCCAUCGUCGAGGCCCUGCGGGACUCCAAAACACUCGAACUCACUGAUGAUGACACCCACGUGCGCCGAAAAGAGCCAUUGCCAGAAAACUUCUUUGAAGCCCUUCCGCAAGCAGCUGACCCCCGAACCGUGUACGUGAAGGGAUUCGGUGAAGAGAGUUCAAGUACCCAAUUUGACAUUGAGGCAUUCUUUGACCCAUACGGUCCUACUCGAGCAGUCCGUCUGAGACGAAACAACGAGAAAUUUUUCAAGGGCAGUGUCUUUGUGGAGUUUGACACGGAGGAGCUGGCACAGUCAUUCCUAGCACUGGAACCUAAGCCGAAAUUCAAUGGAAAUGACCUCCUCAUCAUGAGCAAGACAGAGUACACUAGUAAGAAGACGGCGGAUCUCAAGGCAGGCAAGAUCACGUCGAACAACAAAUAUGAGAGGGGAGGCAGACGAGAUCGUCACAACCAUCGCGGUGGCCGAGAUGGAGGCAAGCGCAAGCGUGACGAAGAUACUAGGGACUGGAGAACACGUCGGGACGAAGACCAGAAGCGUGGGUUCAGAGAUGAUAAGAGACGAGGUGACCGAGGUGGUCGCGAUAACAGAGGUGAUCGAACCAAAGGACCUGAGACUGAUGAUAGGGGCAUUCCGAUGGUCAAGUCUACUGCGGUCAAGAACGACAGCGGUCGUGAAGAAGCUCUCGCGAAGGCCAAAGCCGCGGUUGAAGCCGAGAACAAGAAGGAGCAGAAAGCGGUUGAUGAUGUUGAGUCGACCAAGCUAGAUGGCGACGCCGAUGCUUCUUCAGUCCAAGCCGACACCAAAGCUCCCGCUGGAAAGAAGCGAGCCCGAGAAGACGAUGGUGACGAGGCUGACGCUGAGCGAGAGACUAAAAAAGUGGAUGUGAAGUCUGAGGCUCCGCGGGUCAAUGGCGAUUCAUAG